AUGCUCGUCAGAUUUUUGUCAAUUGGACACAAGCUACAGUUAUUUGGAAAGAGGAACUCUACAUUGAGAAAAUGCCUCCAUAAGGUUUGCCUGUAGAAAAUAGCUCCAGAGGUUAAAUGAAGCUGGGCAGAGUUCAUCCAUGAGGCUUCAUAGUUCCUGCCGAUGUUUGGGGAUAGCUGCUCCAGAGAGAAAUUGACCCGUUAGGAUUAGGUAGCUAGUCACAAUGAAGAAAAUUAGUCUGAAAACCUUCCGGAAAUCUUUCAACCUGAGUAAAAGCAAAGACGAAACCGGGUUCAUGGUGGUUCAGCCCCAGACCCUCGCUGGCGACUUUGUGAAAGAUGACUCUUUAUUUGGGAGCUGCUAUGGCAAGGACAUGGCCAGCUGCGACAUUGGCGGUGAGGAUGAGAAAGGGAAGAACAGGUCCAAAAGCGAGAGCCUUAUGGGCACCUUGAAGAGGCGGUUGUCCGCCAAGCAGAAGGGCAAGGGCAAGGGCAAGGGCGGCACUGCGCCCACAGAUGAGGAUACCUUUUCCUCUGCUUCAGCGCCUGGUGGCCUCAAGGAUGUGCAUGCCCCACGGCCCAUCCAUUCCACAUCACUGCGCAGUCACCACUACAGCCCCACACCCUGGCCGCUGAGGCCCACCAGCUCAGAGGAGACAUGCAUCAAGAUGGAGAUGCGGGUGAAGGCACUGGUGCAUGCUGCCAGCCCGGGCCCAGACAUUGGUGUGCGCAAGGAGCUGCGGGAGUUGCAGCCCAAAGAGCUGCAGAACCUGCAACCUAGGGAGCUGUGUGACCAGCAGCCGGAGCCACGUCCUGAGUCCCUCUGCAGCCCUGGUUCACCCGGGGACCUGCGCCUCCAUCUGGAGGAACACGUGCCUGUAGUUAUUGGACUCAUGUCUCAGGACUACCUUCAGGACACCGUGCCUUUAGAAGACGGGAUGUGCCCUUUGGAAGGGCCGCGCAGCUGCUGCCUGGACACGUCCUCACCCAUGGAAGUGUCAGCUGUGUCCCUACCCGGGGCGAGCGCCUUCUCCGAAGAUGACAGUCAGGUGGACCAGGACCUGGUUGUAGCCCCAGAGAUCCUUGUCGAUUCUUCAGUGAACAACUUGUUGAUUGGCACCACAGGAGUCAUGUUGCAGAGCCCUAGAGCAGGUCCUGACGAUGCCCCUCCCCUCUCACCAUUGCUACCUCCAAUGCAGAAUAACCCAAUCCAAAGGAACUUCAGUGGCCUCUCGGGCCCGGAUGUGCACAUGGCUGAAAGCGUGCGUUGUCAUUUGAAUUUUGAUCCCAACUCUGCACCUGGGGUUGCCAGAGUUUAUGACUCAGUGCAGAGCAGUGGUCCCAUGGUUGUGACAAGUCUAACGGAGGAGCUGAAGAAGCUUGCAAAACAGGGGUUGUACUGGGGUCCCAUCACACGCUGGGAGGCAGAGGGGAAACUGGCAAAUGUGCCAGAUGGUUCUUUUCUUGUUCGGGAUAGUUCUGAUGACAGUUACCUUUUAAGCCUGAGCUUCCUUCAUGGUAAAACACUUCACACUAGAAUUGAGCACUCAAAUGGUAGGUUCAGCUUCUAUGAGCAGCCAGAUGUAGAAGGGCAUACGUCUAUAGUUGACUUAAUCGAGCAUUCAAUCAGGGACUCUGAAAAUGGAGUAUUUUGUUAUUCAAGGUCUCGGUUGCCUGGAUCUGCGACUUACCGGGACAGACUGACUAAUCCAGUGUCCCGGUUCAUGCAGGUGCGCUCUCUGCAGUACCUGUGCCGCUUUGUUAUACGUCAGUACACCAGAAUAGACUUGAUUCAGAAACUGCCUUUGCCAAACAAAAUGAAGGAUUAUUUGCAGGAGAAGCACUACUGAAAGAUUGGGAGCCCUGCUUCUUGCACUUUGGGGUUCAGAAACAAGACUGGAGUACAGUUUACAGACUUACAUCGCCAUUGAAGUCUUUGCUGCCAUAACUAUUUUAGUUUUUACGUGUGAAAGAGUCAUCAGUUUGUUCAGGGGUGGGGAAGUGUCUGCAAGGUGUCUUGAGUUUAUUUUGAUUCUUUGGAAAAGGAUGUCUUGAGGAUCUAGAAGUGUGAGUUAUCUUUCUUUAAUGUGCAGAAUAAUCACAAUGUGAAUGACCAGAUUCUCCUUAACCCCCUCCCCAGUCCUUUGCUGCUAUCCACUGUGAUUCUUAUGGAUUAAAGCACAUUUCAUGUGUAUUUAACCCUAAGUAAAGUUGAAUGAAAUGUAAAGAAUAAAAAUUGUUAUGACGUUAAAUGCCCAGUUGAAUAAAUGUUUGGG